AUGCAAGAGAUAUCAGUAAUGGGGCAAUACGCCGUGAUCAGCCGGGUGGUUGCAGGGAGUCACGAUGCAUGCCACCACCAUCCAACUCUUAUAACAGAGGUUGUGAGAAGGGGGAGGAGUGCAGAGGUGGUGGUCGUAUAUUUAAAUGAGUCUUCUGAUGCACAACAUAUAACCAAGAAGGGGACACACCAAGAAAUGGAGGCUAUUCCUCCUUCACAUUUAACAUACAACUUUACAAGACCCGCCCCGGAUUCCACCUCGAAAUCCAUGACGAACCUUGCUUCCCGUCCGGCAUCUAACCAAUGA